AGAGAAAGAAGCUUCCGUUCAUGAGUUUAAACCUCACUGGUGUUUGGUUCAACAGAUAUCUCGGUCAGUGGAGUUGUGUACAGUCAGUCAUUGUGAAAAAGAUGGAUGGAUAAGGUCUGUUAUUUAUAAAAAAAAGGGUAUAAAGGGUUUAAUAAGGGGCAGCAAAUGGUUGUAUUUUACAGACGCCAUCGUGCCAGAUCAUGUCUCAUUGUCCUCUCUGUUGAGAUUAGAGCUCCAAAUUGUGGCUGACAUGAGGAGAUUCCCUCGUCCUUGUUCUCAGAUAUAUUCUUAGUGUUUGAGUUAUUUGGUCCAUGGAUGGCGUUCCACUCUUUCUCGUUUAAUUCCACUAUGUUUGCUGUGUUUUGAGGCCGACAGCAUGUGGGCAGUUCUGUGUUUCAGCUAUAAACUGAGAAAUCAAGGCAGUGUCUUUGCUCUUUGAUCCUGAAUUUGCUGUAUUGAUCAUUUUCUGGUUUUCUGUCUGUUUGAAGGACAUUAUUUUCUGUCUCCUAUCAGCUCCAUUUUGUUUUCUUGGUUUUAUGUGAGUGCAAACUGCAGCUUGAAUUGAACCCUUUCACCUCACUUUGGAUGCUCUGGUUGUCUCUGACAUUGUGAGCUGUUGCCGUUUCCUCUCCUGCUGUGUUUUAAUCCUCUUGCUGCUGUUGAUGUUUCUCACAGGUGGUGGUGUGGACGUCCAGGUUAACAAUCCAUUACAAGUGGAAGAAGCAUUAGUUGAGCUGUCAUACGUCGGUGUUGGAUGUGAUUUUUCUGUGCUGAGGUGGAGCACUGAAAUUAAUGGUGAUGAUGAUGGUGAUGAAGGCUGUGGUGAACUCACACCUGGACCAGUAUUUUAGCUUUUGUAUUUUCAGCAUUUUUCAACAAGCUGCAGACUGACUGAAAGGUCAGAGUUGAGCGAGAUGUUUGUUCGGGAUCAUAAAGGUCUGGUGGUCCUGGAUCAGGGUUAGUUGCGGCACAGAACCCCCGAAGAUGUGUCUGAGGAUCCAGAGACAUUUGUGAAGUACAGGGUUGUGGAAGCAGUGAGCGUUGCGCCACCUGCUGUCGCUCAGUUGAACAUGUUUUUACCCGUGUUAGCUCACACGUUGCUCUGCACCUUGCUUCUGUUUGCUUUCUCCUCUGAUCAGCUGCUGUCUUUGGUGUUGUGCUGGCAAUCAGUUGCUGAUAUUGCUCUGGUUCACAUAAUGCUAAUAUUGCUCUCGUUGAUGUAAUGCUAAUGUUGCCCUGGUUGACAUGAUGCGAAUGUUGCUUUGGUUUACAUGUACCUGACACUGCUUUUGUUAAAAUGUUGAUGACAUUGCUCUUAUUUCUCUGGUUGAUAAGUUAUUGCUGUUGCUUUUGAUAACAUGAUGCUAAUGUUUUUGUUGACAAUGUUGCAGAUUUGCUGGUUGACGUGUUGCUUGGGUUGGGUGAAGUUGCUGAAGUGCUGCCUGCUGUUUUGGUGCUGCUUGAGGAUUCAGGAAGCGGGAUCGGUCCUGCUCACCUCUGUGUUGUUGCUGGCCUCCUGGUUGCCUGGUUUCAGUUUUCCUGCAGAAAUCCCCUGUCUGUUAAACAGUGAAACUAUACACAGCUUAGUUGCAUUGGUUGUAGGGCUGUUGUUUAGCAGUCAGUAUGGCAGUAGUCAUCAGGCUGCAAGGUCUGCCCAUAGUGGCCGGCACCAUGGACAUCAGACACUUCUUCUCUGGCCUCACCAUCCCUGACGGGGGAGUGCACAUCGUGGGGGGUGAGCAUGGCGAGGCCUUCAUCGUCUUUGCCACUGAUGAAGAUGCUCGACUGGGGAUGAUGCGUACAGGAGGGUCUAUUAAGGGCUCCAAAGUGUCGCUGUUGCUUAGCAGCAAAACAGAAAUGCAGAACAUGAUUGAACUCAGCCGCCGCAGGUUUGAGGCUGGGGCAGGUGCUGUAGAGACAGCUGCAUCUACAGCAGGAAAUGCCAACCGACAAGUGGCUGCCCCCAUACCCGCAGUGCAGCCAGGGGCAGGGGGGAGAAGUGGUAGCCAUGGAAACCAGGGUUUCAGUAACACCCAGGCCUCAGUAACAGCAGCAAGCUCAUCUCCACAAAGCAACAAGGCAGUGGCCAGUGUGGUGCCCAGCUUCCCCAACAGCUACAGCUCUGCCCCCACAAUCACCACAGCUCUGGCAUCGCUCAAUGCAGGACCCCCACCCAUCCCUCCACUUCCAAGCAUGCCUUCCAUGCCCCCCAUGCCCACUCUUCCCUCUAUUCCAGUUCCUCCUCCAGUAUCUUCCCUCCCCCCUGUCCCUACUGUCUCCCCACUGUCCCAAGGACCUCCAGUUCCUCCUAUGUCCCACCUAUCUCACAUGUCCUCCAUGCCUCCCUUCAACCCCUCCCUACCUCCUCCAGGAGGACUUGGCUCUGGCCUCCCUCUUGGAACCCCCAACCCCAUGCUGUUCAACCCUCUCUCCCCCCUGGCCUCUCUUGGCCUCCAGGCCCAUAUGAAGGCUGCUGCUGCUGCAGCUAGUGGAGCAGGAGUGGCCAGUCCUGAUGAGUUGUUUGUCUUCCUGCAGAACCUCCCUUUCUCCUGUUCAGAGGUGGAUGUCAGGGGUUUUUUCCGGGGUCUGGGGGUGGAUGGGGUUCGCCUGCUGAGGGAUGGACAGGGCCGCCCAUCUGGCAGGGCUAUGGUCAAGUUCUACUCACCCCAGGACAGCUUCGAAGCUGUGAAACGGGGAGGUGGCAUGAUGGGCCAAAGGUUCAUUGAGAUCACCCCUGGCUCUGAGCGGCAAUGGGCCAGCCUCAAUGACAGUGUGACAGGCCAUAAUCCUCACAACAGCGGCAAAUCAAAUAAUGAGUCACAGGACCAGCAGCACCGCCGUGGUAAUGCUGGGUCAGGGGCCGGAGGCAGGGAUCAGCGAGGAAGGUCACGAUCUCCCCACCGGCAGGAGUUCUGUGUCUACUUGAAGGGCCUUCCCUACGAGGCAGACAAGAAACAGAUAAAGGAGUUCUUUAACAAUCUGGCCAUCAUAGAGGACAGCAUCUACAUUGCCUACGGGCCCAAUGGGCGAGCCACAGGUGAGGGCUUCCUUGAGUUUAAAACAGAACAGGACUACAAGACUGCUCUGGGUGCUCAUAUGCAGUACAUGGGCACCCGCUUCAUCCAGGUCCACCCAAUCAACCGUAAGGGAAUGCUUGAAAAGAUUGACACUAUCCGCAAACGUGAAGCAGCACAGGGUGAUGGCAAGAACCAGGAUGGCAUGAAAGCUCCUAGGAACUGUGCCCACAUCACCAACAUCCCUUACAAUGUCUCCAAGAAGGAUGUCCGUGCCUUCCUGGAGGGUGUGGGGCUUUACGAGGACACCCUGAAAGUUCUGACAGAUAGUCAUGGCAAUGGUUUAGGCCAAGCGAUCUUCCAGCUGCGGACUGAGGAAGAUGCCCGCAAAGCUGAGAGACUCCACCGCCAAAAACUCAAUGGCCGAGAUGCCUUUGUCCACCUGGUGACGUUUGACCAGAUGAAGGAAAUUGAGAGGAAUCCUCCUCCUCAGAAUAAGAGGGGCCAACGCAACCAGAACCAGAACCAGCUGAACCAAAAUCAGAACCAGCACCAGCAACCCCAGCCCACUGCCCAGCAACCCCAGAUCAACCCAUUUGCUGGUAUUAGCGGUGAGGAGUUUAACUUUCUCAGAAACACCAUGGGAAACCUCAAUAAUGCCCCCUUUGUGACUCCAUUCUCAGCCCCAGGAAAUGGGCUGGCAGGCCCUCCUCCUCUCCCUCCUCUGGCUGCAGGGCUGGGGGACGUGAAUCUAGGCGUGGCCCCUCCACUUGUUGCUGGUAUUCCUGGAGCUUCCAUCUUGGAGCCACCCGGCUUUCGACCUGGCGCUGCAGGAGGAGCUCCCUUCAACCAAGAUGGACUGAGAGGGUUGGUGCCUUUUGACAAUGGCAACAGAAAAGGAGGUGGAGGAGGACAGAACCGAGGCGGAGGGGCUAAUAACAACCAAGGACGUCCUGGGGGCGGGGCUACCGGUCCACAGCAGGUGUUCACUCCAGGAGCUGACAGCCUCCGUAACCAGCCGGCCCCUGGAGGACCUAACAAUCCCAACAGUCAACGUGGUGCUGCUGGCCCAACAAUUGUAAAGCUUCAAAAUAUGCCGUUCACUGUAACUGUGGAUGAGAUUAUGGACUUCUUUUACGGCUACCAGGUGCUGCCAGGCUCAGUCUGCCUACAAUUCAGUGAGAAAGGCCUGCCAACUGGCGAGGCCAUGGUGGCCUUUCAGAACCACGAGGAGGCCACUGCUGCCGUCAUGGACCUCAAUGACCGACCAAUUGGAGCACGCAAGGUCAAGAUAAGCCUGGGUUAAAUCCAAAAUCCCAAAACAGACUGUAGAUAUAAAAAAAAUAAAAUGAACUUACACCUACCUGGUUCAACCAUCCCGGUGAAACACCUGAUUCUGGACUCAAACCCAACUGUCAGUAGCUCAGUUUACAUCUUGCCUUGCUCACUGACUGUCAGUCAUUACUGAAGCCCCUCCCCCUGUGUGUAAAUAGUGGCCACGCCCCCCCUCGCAGUCUGUCAAGUGGAACGACUGAUCCAGACGUUGCUCUUUGUGCAGCUCCUCCACUGACUCUGGUAGCACAAACUGAUGAUGAUAUUGAUGGAUUUUGGUCUUUUCUGAUCCUGUUUCUAAUGCCGCUCUUUGUCACGUCACGUUGACACACUGAACAUACUCCCCUGUUUUGUUGCUAUGGUAACACGAUGAUUAUAAUGAGGCUGACAAAGUUGCUGUAAAGCGCUUAAAUAUGCUGUGCUGCUGUGGUUUAAAAUGUAUGCUCUGUUGCUGUGGUAAAAUCAUGAUGAAAAGCCACAGUAUGUCGCCAUUAUAAAAUGUUCAUGCUCUGUUGCUAUGAUAAAAUUUGUUGCUAUGGUAAAAUCUUUACAUGCUCUGUUGCUACGGUAAAAUCUUUACAUGCUCUGUUGCUAAAAUCUUUACAUGCUCUGUUGCUACGCUAAAAUCUUCACAUGCUCUGUUGCUAUGGUAAAACAUGCUGUAGAUCACAGUGAAAUUGUGUUGCUCUGUUGCUGUGGUAAAGUCUUCACAUUCUCUGUUGCUAUGGUAAAAUUAUGAUAAAAAGCUAUGUUGCCAUGAUCAAAUGUUUAUGCUCUGUUGCUGUGGUGAAAUUUUGACAUGCCCCGUUGCUAUGGUAAAACGUUGACACAAUUCAGUGUUGCAACAGUGCUCCGUUGCUAUGUAGAGGAUGUGGGAUGGACAGAUUGCUGACUCGUGUUUUAUUUUGUAAAUAAUGAUUUUGGGCUGCUGAAUCCUUUUCCCCUCUGUCUCAUUAUUGCUGUGUUUGAAUAUUGCCACCCCAACCCCACCCCCUUUUCCACAGCACAUGCUCAAUAGGUGUUUGGACUGUAGAGCGCUCAGAUGAAGUCUGUAGCGUUUUUUAGUUUGGUAGCUUUUUGUUGUAUGUAUGUUUGAUAAUGUUUUGGAUGUUUUCACCUUUAAAAGCUCAUUUUUGUUUCUACUGUCAGUGUGAACAAACUUGUAUGAUCGUAUCCCAUACAUGAUGUGGAGUCUCCUUUGCUUUGGCUAAUAAAAGGACAUUCCUGAUGCACA